ACGGUGGCAGCUUUGGCACCCUUUCAGUUUGUUGAGCCCAGGAUUGGUCAACCCUCGUUCGUACAACCAAGUUCCAGCAGCUCUGCAUCUGUUCAAUCCCCUUCACCUUCACCUUCACCGCCAGAGUCAAUUGAAGAGGAACCAGCAAGGCCGAAAACUGGCAGAGGUUAUGGAAAGUGGAGCGAACAAGAGGAGACGCUAUUAGUUCAGCUACGGUGUGAUAAACACAUGUGACUAGAGAUAAGGCAUUCCCAGCAAUUGUGGGAGGAAAUAGCUAAAGAAAUAUCCAAAACUCGGAAUGUGACAAGGGCCCUGUUCCAGUGGAAAAGCAAAUAUCUUGAGGAUUGCUAUAAAGAGGCAAAGGAUCACAAUUGUAACCAGACAGGAGGCGACAGAAAAACCUCACCAUUCUACAACAAAAUAGGUUCUGUUCUGGGGUGAAGAGACAUCAUGACCUUCAGUUACGUUGAAGAAUCCAAGCCAAGCACUUCCCUGCAUUCUUCAGAUUUGGUGAAAAGCAACACAGAAAAGGACAAAGACAAGACCAAUUUGAUGCGCAGUUUGAGCAGUCUUUGGCGAUGUUUGGCCAGAAUAAAAAGAGGGAAAGGAAGAGUAAACAGAGGGAUGAGAGAAAGUGCACCAAAACUUCCAAAGUUCCACGGAAGGAACAUGAUGAUGAAGAAUCAGCCCUUUCCCAUGGGACCGUAGAAACCCUUCAGAGUCAAGGAGAGAAACUAACUGGAGUACUAGAGGCCAUGGUAAAAAACCAAAUGCAGCAAUUGCAGUUAAUGAACCAGUUUAUGAACACUUUCAUGCAGGCAAUGCAGUUGAAAGAUAAAUAA